CGCUGAUACCGCCCACUUGGCCGCAAAAGAGGUCUUGUUUCGCACGGCGAGACGCCGCUGGUUUCGUCAGAGGACCAGUGACUGAGCAGUUGCGCCGGGAUGGGCGUGUGGAGGGCUGUGGGUGCACUGGUGCUGAACCGGUGGGCGGUGGCGGCCGGCUGCGCCCUCCUCACCUUCAAGAUUUGGUACAAGGGCACAGUGGGCGUGUGCACGUCCAAGAGGCGACUCAACGGCCGGACGGUGCUAAUUACCGGGGCCAACACAGGUAUCGGGCUGGAGACCGCAAAGGACCUCGCGCGGCGCGGAGCUCGCGUGCUGCUGGCCUGCAGGGACACCCAGCGCGGGCUGCAGGCGCUCGAGGAGGUAUUAUCGGAGGCGGGCGACGGGGCGACGGUGGCGCUCCUGGCGCUGGACCUGGCAUCGCCGGAGUCUGUUCGCGCAUGCGCAAAGCACGUCCUCGCCACGGAGCCCCGCCUCGACAUCCUGGUGAACAACGCAGGCGCCGGCGGCCUGGGCAGCGGGCUCAGCCGCGACGGACUGCACCUCGGCCUCCAGGUGAACCACUUUGGACCGUUCCUCUUCACACUGUUGUUGGUUGAGCUGCUCAAGAAGUCUGCGCCGUCCAGGAUCAUCUUCGUGUCUUCUAAGGCGCACGUCCGCGCACAGACGUUGUCUGUGGAGGACCUCGACCACGCCCGUGCCAAGGAGAUGAGCGACUUCGCCAUAUACCCCAUGACCAAACUGUGUAACGUGCUCAUCUCUAACGAGCUGGCGCGACGCCUGCGCGGAGUGACCGUGAACUCGUUGCAUCCAGGCGUCGUGCUGACCGACUUCUUCAGGUUUUUGCCCACCUGGUUCUUUGCAAUUUUUGGCAGCAUCGCCAGGCUCUUUUUCAAGAAUGCCGUGGAGGGCGCCCAAACAACGAUAUAUGCGGCGGUUGCUGAGGAACUGGAAGACGAGGCGCGCGCUGCGCGGCAGGCGCGCGACGAAGCGCUGGCGCGGGCGGUGUGGGCGCGCAGCGAGCAGCUCGUGCGGCUCCGCCCCGACGAGCGGCCGAUGUUCCACGCGUGAAGCCGCACGAAACCACAUCCAGGUCGCUCCGCUCGUCAGCGAAAGCAAGACCAUCCCACGCAUCGCAGUCUGAAUGAAACACAAAAAUAAUAUUGCUUUCGGCAAUGUGUUCUUGGACGAUUUUCUCGAUUUGAACGUUUUCAAAUGUGGAGCGGAAGCAAAGCAACUGUUCUGGAUUAAUUGUAUUUCUGGCAAGGUGAAAUUACUUUUCCUGUCGUGGACAUCAAACUCUCCAGAAGGGGGUCAAUUCGCACCCUGUUUAUUAGGAAUGAAAUUAGAAGGGGGCUGAAAGUUGGUGGUACAAGGACACUCAUAUGUUUCUGGCGCGGGGGCAGGAGGGUCCAACAAGAUUAUCAUCAAGUACAGCCAUUGGUUGUAUAAGGCCAUCCAUAAAUUACGUAACGAAAAUUUGGAGUAUUUUGAAUACCCCCUCUCCCCCUUGUAACGCACCCGUAACGCGCGCUUGACCCCCCUAAAUAAUUACGAAACGCUUGCGACAUCCAUCCCCCCCUUGUAAACACAAGAAGA